AUGCCUUUGAGUUUUUCUAUCCGGACUCAAGAAGUGGAGGAGCUUCAGGGCCAAAUGUGCUCUGUUUCGGUCGAUCUCAGUGAGGACACCUCUGAACUUCCGGCCUACAGCGAGCUCCCCUUACCGGUUUCGCGAGAUUUGGCCCGUCGGACCUUCAAUGAUCAUCCUGACUACGAGCUUUACUACGCAUCCGGCUCUCUGACCGCUCCCGCUGUAACGCUGGUUCUCUCUGUUGUUUCUCUUUCUCUUUGGUGUCUCAUACGGGCGUGCACAUUUAACGGCCUGGAAGACCUGGGGUUUUUGCAGAUUUCCUUUUACCCUUGGGGCUUAACACCUUUGGUAUUGACUUUUUGCAUCUUCUAUGGUAUCCUUUUCUCCUUCAUGGUCGCUACUAUUGUAUCGAAAAAGCGACGUAAGGGAGAGGGUCCUAGCUUGCUUGUGCGAUCACUACCUGUGAUAAACAUCAUUUGCUUGACUGGUGCCGCUUUUGUGAUGUUUGCCUUUGGGGUUUCCGGGCCUUACCCCGGUUGGACCGCCCUUGGCGUGGCUGGUUUGUACGUCCUUUGCUCAUUGUUUGCUUCAGCCCAGUGA